AAGGGGACCCAUGUUGUGACCUAUUAAGGUAUGGGAGGGGAGGCGCUGCCCACUUAUGGAUGUUGAACCCCUCAUAAUGGGAGCACCAGAUGUAGAGAGCCAUGACCAGGGGCGGACUGACAACUCAUGGGGCCCCCGGGAAAUAGGGGCUUAUGGGGCCCCUGUGUCCUUGCCCAAACUCAAAAAAGCCUAUGAAAAAGGUACCAGGGGCAUCUCAUGGGGCCCCCUACUGACCAUGGGCCCUCGGGCAGUGCCCGAGUUUCCAAAUGGUCAGUCCGCCCCUGGCCAUGACUUAGCA